CAGAAAUGCUGAUCCGCUACUGUUCUCUGUUAUCUCUGAUAGUAUUGCGAAUUUCGAAAACAUACAUUUCUUAUUAAUUGCAAUGAACAUUUCUGCAUAGAAUUUUUCAUAUGUAUUCGCUGAUUGGCGGCAUAAUGUUACAUCAUAUGAAAUCGCGUUUCUUUCUCAAGCUAAUUCUUUUGAAAAAAUCUUGAGAAAUAUAAGUGGGGUUAUAUAGUUUGUUAUCGUGUCACGCGACUAUUUGUUCGACGAAUGACCGAAAAACAUAAAUAAAUGUCAGUAAACUAUGAUAUUCGUCAAUGUCGUCCGUUUCGUUAGGCAAAACAAGGGAUUCUUUCGGCUUCCAAAAAGAAUCAGUUUAAUAACCUACGAUUAUCCGAAAGCUUUGAUAUCGAACGCCGUCGAAAUGAGCAAACCCAAAGUCUUGAUUACACGGCCAGAUAUUCCCGUGGCGGGCUUAAAUUUGCUGCGUAAACGAUAUCACCUUAUAAUAUGGCACAAACCAGAGCCAAUACCACGUCACGAAUUAUUGACCAAAAUCCGUGGAGUGGACGCCGUAUUUUGCGUGCUAACAGACAAGAUAGAUAAUGAGGUUCUAAAUUAUGCAGGUCCACAGUUGAAAGUCGUGGCGUCGAUGUCCGUGGGCCUGGACCACCUAGACAUAGACAGCUUGCAAAGAAGAAGCAUCAAAAUUGGUUAUACUCCCAACGUCCUGACUGAGAGCACCGCGGAAUUAAUAGUAGGUCUUUUACUAACCACAUCGAGGAAUUUGAUACAUGCAAACUCAGCAGUUUUCAGAGGUGAAUGGUCAUCCUGGUCGCCUGGAUGGAUGUGCGGCACAGGACUGGCAGGAAAAACUGUAGGAAUUGUCGGUAUGGGUAGGAUUGGCUUUAGAGUUGCAGAGAUACUUAAAAGCUUCAACGUUGCCAAGAUAUUGUACUAUAGCAGAACUGUUAAGCCAGAAGCAGAAUCCAAAUUUGGUGGUGAAAGAGUGGACUUUCACACAUUACUUCAGAACAGCGAUUUUGUUAUAGUGACUGUAGCAUUGACGCCCGAUACGAGACACAUGUUUAAUGCUCAUGCCUUCAGCCAAAUGAAGAAAACAGCUAUAUUUGUGAAUGGUAGCCGUGGGGACGUGGUGGAUCAAGAGGCGUUAAUCGAAGCCUUGGACUAUAAUAAAAUCGCAGCAGCUGGUUUAGAUGUCACAUCACCAGAGCCGUUACCAAUGAAUAGUGAACUUUUACAGCUAGAUAAUUGUGUGGUUCUACCUCACAUCGGAAGCGCUACCACAGAAACUAGAGAAGAAAUGGCUUGCAUUACAGCAAAAAAUAUUAUAGCUGUCUUGGAGGGAAACCCCGAAGAGAUGCCAGCAGAAUAUGUGCGUGUGGAUUCUUAACAUGGCUAUAUGAUACAUAAUCGUAAAGAAUUACCAAUAAUCAUAUUGUGAUAUACAGUUCUUUGUUGAGAAGAUAAACUUAUGUAAUUUAUUUUUUCAGUUUAUAUAUAUAUGUGUAUAAUAGAAUUUAUGUAAUUUAUAUAAA